GGAGCGCGUAGGGGGCGGGGCCACACUCGGCCGUACUGCCUGUUUACUUCCGUCAAUAAUAAAAAGAAGCUGAAUUUGUUUUUUUCUGCUCACAACAAAGAAAUCACAAAAUGCCAUUUUUGGGACAAGACUGGAGAUCUCCUGGAUGGAGUUGGAUCAAGACCGAGGAUGGAUGGAAACCCUUUGAGUUUUUCUGCAGUGAUUUAGGAGAUAACAACAAUGAGCUCGAGCUUGAAGAGCUGGAUAAUGAGAAUAAAGAGAACCUGUACGCAGGAGAUGUUUGUGAAGUAGCUGCCAAGAAAAGGAAAAAGGACUUUGUCAACAAUAAUACCAAAUCACAAUUUUUGUAUAAGGAGAAAUGGAUCUAUGUUCAGAAAGAGAGCACGAGGGAGAGACAUGGGUACUGCACGCUGGGCGAGGCCUUCAACAGGCUGGACUUCUCCAGUGCCAUCCAGGACGUGCGCAGAUUCAACUACGUAGUCAAGCUCCUGCACCUGAUUGCUAAGUCUCAGCUGACGUCUCUGAGCGGAGCUGCUCAGAAGAACUACUUUAAUGUGCUGGAGAAGAUUGUGAGAAAAGUCCUGGAUGAUCAUCAGAACCCUCGGCUGAUUAAAGCUCUGCUGGAGGAUCUGAGCUCGGUGCUGUGUAUUCUCAUCCGGGAGGUCGGCAAGUGCGUGCUCAUCGGCAACAUCAACAGCUGGGUCUGUCGCCUGGAAACCAUCCUCAACUGGCAGCAGCAGCUUAACAACUUACAGAUCCCUAAGCAAAUCUCCAACGGCAUGACGUUGAGCGACCUUCCUCUACACAUGCAGAACAACAUCCUCUACAAGUUUAGCGACGCCUGUGACAUCAUUAACCUGGGGCAAGCCACGCCUACUUUGCACAUGCUCAGUGAGGACCGGCAGCUGUGGAAGAAGCUGUGCCAGUUUCACUUCGCUGAGAAACAGUUUUGCAGACACUUGAUUCUGUCGGAGAAAGGCCAUGUGGACUGGAAGCUGAUGUUCUUCACGCUGCAGAAGUACUACCCAAAGAAGGAGCAGUACGGGGACACGCUCCACUUCUGCAGACACUGUAGCAUCCUCUUCUGGAAGGACAGACACCUGGCUUUGCUCUUUAAGGAUACGGGACAUCCCUGCACAUCCAACGAUCCCAACAGCUGCCUGACGCCCGUCUCUCCCCAGCACUUCAUCGACCUCUUCAAAUUCUGAACCUCCAGAACGUUCCCCAGGAACCCGCACUGCUCCGAAUCUUCCACUCGGAACGAAUCUGAUAAAACACCACAGUUCCAGCACCUGAUUCCUCUCUCUGACUCGUUUUUCUCCUGAAGACUCUCCUCUCUUCCUUUAGCCGGACUGCCUGGCUGCGAGUGCAGCGAGGGGGAGGAACCCGACGCUCCGGUUCUCAGUGGCCGUUAUCUGGAACACUGCUGUCUUUUAUUGUGUUCUUCUUCUCCUUCACCCAAACUUUAAGGGCUUUUUAGAAAGAUGUCAUGGUGUUGUUAGUGUUUCCUUGUACGUCAUGUUGAUGUUGAUGUUAAUUUCGGGGCAGAACCUCCCCUUUCCAGCAAUAUAUCGUUAAAUAGACGUUGAAAAAGUGCAGAGAGCUUUUCGUUCAAAUCACGUCCAAUUUUAGCUGAAAGUAAAAGGUGAAAAGCCGCAUUUAAAUCCUCAUACAAACAUCUUUUCAACUUUAACUUUCAACCAAAUCUGUAAGUAAAAAAUCCGUCCCUACAGAAACGUCAAUUAAAUCAUGUUAAAAUAUGUCUUUUCAUCUUUCACUUUCAACCAAAAUGGAGCAUUGAGAAUAGUGAUAUAAAGAUCAAUCAGCUUUGCAUAACAGCCAAUUUCUCUAUACUGUGGGCACAACAGAUCAUAUUCUUGAGUUUAGAAUUACAACCCCAGCUAAAAGAGAAUGUUAUAUUAACGUUUAGCUACGUUUUAAAAAAGGUUCUAGGAAGUUUAGCCUGUAAUGUUCCAAAAAUAAUGUCAUAGGAAUGUUCUGAAACGUGUAGCAUCACAACAUUAUUAGGACAUUUUUCACAUAACAUUCCCAGUUAAUGUUCAAAGAAAGAUUCCCAAAACUAAAAAGUAUAGAAAAAAAAACACAAAAAAACUUCCAGAAAACUUGACAGAUUACACAUUCUAAGAUCGUUAACUAUAACAUUCAGAAAACUUUCUACUAACCAAAAAUUAGCUGGGACCGCUAUUUGUGGCUAACUGUUGGGGUUGCUUGUCUACAAGCACUCAUUCGUCAGUAGCCAGUCAGGGCCGGUGCAGAGUUUUUUCUGACGUUUCUAAGUGUAGAAUGUGUACGACUUGUGGAGGAAAGAAUUUUUUAAGAUUUUAACCCCACUAACCAGAUAAUACUGCUCUCUCAACAGUGCAUCACUCAGCUCAUACAGUGAGCAGCAGAGCUAACAAACACCACUAACCACACAGCAAACGACCACAUUGAGUUUUUAGCUCUGGAUGAGCAGUUUUUCAUACUUUUCAGGCUGUUUCUACACUUUAAGCUUUGACUCUAGGCUUUUUAAUCAGAAAGAUGAUAGUUAAAAUAAGGAUCCCCACUUGUUCUCAAAGUAUAAUAUUAAUCUACACAUAUAUCUCUUUAAAAGCAUGUAUCAGAGUGAGUUUAUUUACAGCCAGCUUAGAUUUCCUUUGAUUUUAUGGCUUAUUGAGCUGAAAGACAAUCAGCAAUCAGCCUGAAAAACUCUGAUUGAUCAGUCUUUAGUAGAAAAUGAAUUCCUACAUAUAUUUUCAUUCAAAUCAAAAAUAUUUCUUCUUUCUAUCAUUUUCAUCCAAACCUGAACGUGGAAAAACUUUAACUUUGUACCAAAUCUGUUUGUAGAAAAAUUGCCCUUAAACAUCAUUUCAACUACGAUAAAAAGACGUCUUUAAAAUUUUUCUUUUCUAUCAAAUCUGAAUGAAGAAAAAUCGCCCUUAAAUUAACGUCCUCUUACUUUCAAUCUAAUCUGUAUGUAGAAACUUUGUCCUUACAUAAACAACUUUUCGACUUUAACCUCCAGUCAAAUCUGUUUGUAGAAAUUUUGUCCAUGAACAUAAUUUCAGCUUCAUCAAAAAGACGUCUUUUCAAAUUUUACUUUCUAUCAAAACUGUAGAAAGAAAAAUCGUCCUUAAAUAAACCUUCUUUUACUUUCAACCUAAACUGUACUUAGAAAAUCAUAAUUUUAACAUUAAUGUAUAUGUAGAAACUAUGUUUGUCUUACAUAAACUACUUUUUCUAAACUUUAACUUCCAGCCAAAUCUGUACGUGAAAAUUUUGUCCUUAAACCUCGUUUCAAUCACGACAAAAAGACGCCUUUUAAAUUUUUCUUUUUUAUCAAAUCUGAAUGAAAAAAAAAGACCUUAAAAAAAAAAUUUCCUUCCUGACAUCAACCUAAUUUUUAACAUUUACAUGUAUGUAGAAACUAUGUCCUUACAAAAACAACUUUUUUAAAACUUUAACU